AUGUCCAUAAUUUGCAAAGUAAAUUUCAUAUAUCUGUUUCUUAACAACUUACAAGGGCCAAUUCCACCAAAUAUAUGGAAAUGCACACAUCUUGAGUGCUUGGCUUUAUCCAACAACAAUCUCAGUGGUAUCAUCCCGUUCGAAAUUGGGAAAAUGAGCAUGCUUAGGGAGUUGUAUUUGGAUGAGAACGACUUUCAAGGUCAUAUUCCAGCAAAUAUAUGGAACUGUAAACAUCUUGAGUUCUUGUACUUAAACAACAACAAUCUCAGUGGAACCAUCUCUCAUGCAAUUGGAACUACAAGCAUGGUUAGAGUGUUGAAGUUGACGUACAAUCAUUUCACAGGUCAUAUUCCACCAAAUAUAUGGAAAUGCAAACAUCUUGAGAUCUUGUACUUAUACAACAACAAUCUCAGUGGAACCAUCUCUCGUGCAAUUGGAAAUACAAGCAUGCUUAGAGUGUUGGACUUGUCAAACAAUUAUUUCACAGGUGAACUACCACAAGUGAUUGGCACUCUGCCAUUACUCGAGGAAUUUACUGCGUACAAUAAUUCCUUAUAUGGAUCCAUCCCAUCGUCCUUAUUCAAUACAUCAACAAUGAACGAGUUACAAAUUUUGUACAAUGAAUUUUCUGGUACUCUUCCAUUAGAUAUGGGGAAUUCAUUUCCAAAUCUUGAAUGGCUUCUUUUGUCCCAUAACAGACUUAGUGGCCCAAUUCCAAGCUCUCUCACCAAUGCUUCUAAACUUAUCUUCAUGGAUAUGUCUGACAACUCCUUUAGUGGCUCCAUACCCAACUUUGGUAAUUUGAAGCUUCUACAAAAGCUUUUCCUUGAGGAAAAUAAUUUGAGUGGAGCAGAAUUCCCAACUCAGGAAUUGACAUUUCUUUCUUCAUUAACUAAUUGUCGACAUUUGAAGGACCUGGAAGUAUCAGACAAUCCACUGAACGGAAUCUUACCUGCUUCAAUUGGGAAUUUUUCCAUCUCUCUUGAGUACUUUUGUGCUUCAAACUGCAAUAUCAUAGGUGCUAUUCCGCUUGAAGUAGGAAACUUAAGCAGUUUGCUAAAUCUAUAUUUGCAUGAUAAUUUUCUGAGUGGUGUCAUUCCACCAACAAUAGGAAAAAUGAAGCAACUCCAAAUGCUAUAUCUUUUUGACAAUCAAUUGGCGGGAUCUAUCCCUAACGAUCUUUGCCGAUUGUAUCAUUUGGGGGAGUUGAGCCUUUAUGAGAACAUGCUUGUGGGUCGAAUACCUGAAUGCUUGGGUGAUAUUAAAUCGUUGAGAGAGAUCUAUUUAGAUUCCAACCAAUUGAAUUCAACCAUCCCUCCUAGCUUGUGGAUUAUCACAGACCUUGUGAUUCUGAGCUUGUCUUCCAAUCAUUUGAGCGGUAAAUUGUCAUCUGAGGUUGGAAAUUUAAAGAUGAUCAACUCUUUGGAUUUGUCAUCUAAUCAAUUUUCAGAUGUUAUUCCUACCUCAAUUGAUGAAGGCCUUCCUUUUCUUGAAAAUUUUAAUGUUUCCAACAAUAAGCUAGAGGGAAAAAUUCCAGAUGGGGGCAAUUUUCCGAAUUUCAGUGCUCUGUCUUUCUCCCACAACAUAGCUCUUUGUGGUCCUAUAAAAUUUCAAGUUGCACCUUGCUCAGAAAAUCAUCGUAGAUCAUGGUUAAAGAAACUCAUUGUGUCAUCAGUGGUUUUAGUUGUCGUUGCGGUCAUUGUAAUGCUUAUUCUCAUCAGAAAGCAUAAACAGAAAACAGUGGCACUCUCUGCUGAUAUUCCACCAUUAACUACUGAAUACGGAAGAGUUUCUUACAUAGAACUUGAACAAGGAACACGUUCAUUUUGUGAAACCAACCUACUUGGAAGAGAGGCAUUAAGGAGCUUUGAUUCGGAAGCUACUAUAUUGAGCAGCAUUCGACACAGGAACUUAGUUCGAGUUAUUGGAUGCUGUUCUAAUAUGGAGUUUAAAGCAUUGAUCCUCACAUAUAUGCCAAAUGGGAGCUUGGAUAACAACCACAUCGUAGGUGUCAUUCCUUCAGAAAUUGGAAAUUUAAGUAGUGUGCUGUUUAUUGAGCUCGGAGGUGAUAUCCCCACCUCAAUUGGUGGUUGUCAGUCAUUGGAAUCUCUUUACUUAUCAAAUAAUUUGUUGGAUGGAUCUAUUCCUCAAUCCUUGGGAAAUGUUAGAAAUUUGAUAGCAUUGGAUUUAUCUUACAAUAACCUUUCAGGAUCUAUACCCAAGUCAUUAGAAGACCUUCAUUUUCUUGAGUAUUUCAAUGUUUCCAACAACAAAUUGGUUGGGGAAAUUCCAGAAAGGGGUUGUUUUGGCAACUUGAGUGAUCAAUCUUUUUCCCACAACCUUGCCCUUUGUGUUCCAAUAAGAUUUGAAGUUCCACCAUGCACAAAAAAUCUUCAUAGAUCAAGAAGCUUGAUGAACUUUAUACUGCCUUCCGUGAUUUUAGCUGUGACUAUGGUGAUUGUCAUCCUCGUAUUUAUAAAGAUAUGUAAACCGAAGAAAUCACCAGUGCAUCCCACUGAUAUUUCACCGGUGACUGAAUAUAGAAGAGUUUCUUACAUAGAACUAGAGCAGGGAACAAGUGGUUUUAGUGAGAGCAACCUUCUUGGAAGAGGAAGUUUUGGUUCGGUAAUUGAAGCAACACUAUCUGAUGGGUUGAAAACUGCGGUAAAAGUUUUUAACUUACAAUUACAAGGAGCUGAAAGGAGCUUUGAUACUGAAACUGAGAUACUUGGGAGCAUUCGACACAGAAACAUUGUUCGAGUUAUUGGAUGUUGCAGUAGCCCAGAGUUUAAAGCUCUGGUUCUCACAUAUAUGCCGAAAGGGAGCUUGGAUAAAUGGUUAUAUUCCAACAUUCAUUGUCUAGAUCUUAUCCAGAGACUGAAGAUAGGAAUAGACGUUGCGACAGUCUUGGAAUAUCUUCACUAUGGCCAUACAUUCCCCGUUGUCCAUCGUGAUGGAAAGCCAAAAAAUGUUUUGCUCGAUCAAGACAUGGUAGCUCAUCUUGGUGAUUUUGGCAUUGGGAAGCUUUUUGACGAUGAAGAAGUUGUCGCCCAAACACAAACAUUGGCGACCAUUGGUUAUGCAGCACCAGAGUUGGGAAUGGAAGGGAAAGUGUCCACACAAGGAGAUGUGUACAGUUUCGGGAUAAUGUUGCUCGAGAUGUUUACAGGGAAGAAGCCGACAGAUGAUAUGUUUGAUGGGGAAAUGAGGUUAAAAGAGUGGGUAAGUGAAUCAUUACAAGGAAACUCAGUUCCUAUUGCACACGCUUUGCUGUCUGGCGAAGAUCAAGAUUUUUGUGCAAAGGAGCAAUGCGUGUUGUCAAUUUUUGUGGUGGCAAUGGCAUGUUUAGUCGAUGUACCUCAUGAAAGAAUCAACAUGAUUGAAGCAACGACUACUCUCCAGAGGAUCUAUGCAACAAUGCAACCAGUUUCCCCUAUGCUUCAGUGUUAUCUGGUGAUAGAGGCUCAUGGUGGCCUUAACCAACAGUGCUCAUCGGUGUGGAUUUCCUGA